CCAAGUUUCGGACCUUUUCUGACAUUUCUGACUUCUAUCAAAUUACAUUCAGAGAAAAGUUAAAUUUUUAUUUGAGCAUAAAGUAUUGUGGUUCUCUGUGGUGCUUUUAUUUUGAAAGGUGAUGAUAUGAGAGCACUCCUUCAGAGAGCGCAGUUCAGAAGACCAGACAUCGAACAGAUCCCGAUUAUCGACCGGUUUCCUGAUCUUCAAACAUGGAUCCAGAUCUUACCAUCGUCCUCCUGGGAAAAUCAGGUGUUGGGAAAAGUGCUUCAGGAAACACCAUCCUGGGAAGAGACGCGUUUAAGUCUGACAUGUGUUUCAACUCACUGACAACAGAAAUCUCUGAGCAAACAGGAAGUGUGUUAGGGCAACAGAUCUCAGUGGUCGACACUCCAGGAAUAUUAGACAGCAAGGAAACAGUGAAGCAGAUUGAAGACUUCUGUCAGGGUCUCCUGAAGUCCUCCAGGCGCUGUCUGUUUCUGGUGACCCUCAAAGUCGGACGUUUCACAAAGGAAGACCAGAAGGCGGUGAAGACAGCAAUGAGAGUUCUCGGACGCGGGGGGUUGAAGAAGAGUUACCUCCUCUUCACUGGAGGAGAUACUUUAAAGAAUAACACUUUGGAGAAUUUCAUCUUUGCUAAAGGAGAUGGACUUACACUUCCAAAAUGUGUUAAAAUGUUCUCGGGGGCCUUUCACCUCUUCAACAAUCAGUCUGAUAAUGAGGAGCAAGUCAGAGAUCUGCUGCUGAAGUCUGGCCACCAGAGAGCCAAGGAACAACCCGACUCACCAGCUGGUGUUUCCAAAGAGAGGAGGAUCGUGAUGCUGGGUCUUCCUGGAGCUGGGAAGAGUUCCUCUGGAAACACCAUCCUGAGAUCUGAGGAGUUUAAUUCAGCGGCUGACUUUGCGUCAGUCAGCACAGAGACGACCUCUUCCUCAGCCAUAGUGGAGGGCUCUAAGGUCACGGUGGUUGAUACUCCAGGAUUCACUGAUAAACAGCUGACUCCAGAGGAGCUGCACCUUGAGAUCAUGAAGUCUGUGGUAGAGGCGAGUCCAGGAGUACAUGCCUUCGUUAUUGUGGUCAAAUUAGGCAGGAUUACUGAAGCAGACAUCAAAGUCUUUGAGCUCCUUCCACAGCUCUUUAAAGGUGAUGCUCUGAAGUACUCCAUGGUGCUUUUCACUCAUGGAGACGACCUUAAAGAAAGUCAGACCAUUGAAGGUUUGAUCCAGUCCAACGAUCAUGUCUCUAAGCUGGUCUCCAUGUGUGGAGAUAGAUACUGUGUGUUUGACAACAGAACCAAGAGAAGCAGAGAGCAGGUCAGAACCUUCCUGUGUAAGAUAGAUGAGAUGGUUUCAGCUAACGGAGGACAGCCCUACACAGACGAGAUGUUCAGGAUGGCUAAGACUUUCCUUAGAGAAGAAACGAACCGGUCAGGUGCAGCAGGUGCAGCAGGUGCAGCAGGUGCAGCAGGUGCAGCAGGUGCAGCAGGUGCAGCAGGUGCAGCAGGUGGCGGUGCUGAGAUCAAAAAGAGCGUAUGGGAGAAACUGAAACCGUAUCUAACAAAUAAAAAAGCAGUAGCAGUAAUAGCAGGAGCACUAGUAGUAAUAGCAGUAAUAGGAGUAGUAGUGUUAGCAACAGCAGGAGCAGCAGGAGCAGCAGGAGCAGCAGGGGCAGCAGGAGCAGCAGGAGCAGCAGAAGCGGCCGGAGCGGCAGGGGCGGCAGGAGCAGCAGGAGCAGCAGGAGCAGCAGGAGCAGCAGGGGCAGCAGGAGCAGCAGGGGCAGCAGGGGCAGCAGGAGCAGCAGGGGCAGCAGGGGCAGCAGGAGCAGCAGGGGCAGCAGGAGCAGCAGGAGCAGCAGGAGCAGCAGGGGCAGCAGGAGCAGCAGGGGCAGCAGGAGCAGCAGGAGCAGCAGGAGCAGCAGGGGCAGCAGGAGCAGCAGGGGCAGCAGGAGCAGCAGGAGCAGCAGGGGCAGCAGGAGCAGCAGUUGCAGCAGGAGGAGCAGCAGGAGCAGUAGGAUCAGGAGGAGCAGCAGCAGUAGUGGGAGCAGGAGGAGCAGCAGUAGUAGUGGGAUCAGGAGGAGCAGCAGUAGUAGUGGGAUCAGGAGGAGCAGCAGUAGCAGCAGCAGUAGCAGCAGGAGUAGUAGCAGGAGGAGUAGCAGUCACCAAACUGUGUAAUCGCGAUAAAGAAAAGAAACUGUGAUUCAGAUGAACCUCUACUGGAGACCCCUGACCAUUAGACAGACAGACGGACGGACGGACUGGCAAAACCAGUGAGUGUGUGGUGAAAGUAACUUGUAAUCUAACUUAGUAGCUUUUUAAAGGAGUAAUCAGUAAUCAGAUUACUUUUUCAAGGUAACUAUGGCAACACUGCCAUUAGAGCACCAGUGUGAAAGGCAGUUCUUCAGCGCUCUCUCUGAUCUGUAGUCCAGCAGGUCUCAUGGGUUUAAACAAGUUCAAUCUUAAACAGGAAGUACUUCUUCAGUUCCUUAAAAGCAAAAUCAGAAAAAGGCCGGAGUUUGUCCUUCUGAAUUUCAACUUUGACCUUUUAUAUAAACUCACAAAUGCAUUCAUUUACUCUCAUAUUCACUUCAUGUGUUUAUUAGUGAUUCCAGUGUGCUCUCCUCACUGUACUGCAAUUCUUCUAUGUAUUCACAAUGACUGGUGUUUGUAAAAGUACUUUGUUAUAACCCUCUAUUGAUUUAUCCAUGUGUAAAUGAUCUGCAGACAGGAAGCAGUGGGUGUUUCCCAGUCAGACCAGAUAAGAAUAUGAUUGAAAGCUGAUGUCUGCAAUGAAUAAUAACACCUGUUUGAAAGCUCAAAUAUAAACAGCUCUGCUUUCUCAAUCAUCACUGACAGACGGGGCACGGGGUUUCUUGUUUCGUUUUGAUUCUAUGAGACUCUGAACCUUCAAGAGAUGACUUGUUUGAUCUUUAAUAAAGAGUUGAACUUCA